AUGGCUGGGAAAUCAAGCAGAGGGCGGAACAAGAAAGGGGCACAAAACGCCACGAAUGCUACUGAACAAGCGGUCUCAUCCAACGGUCAUUCUAAAGAUAACUUGAAUCCUGUGGACGAAACAAAGGUGGAAGCUAAUGGAGUCCCGGCUUCAGCUGAGAUACAAGCCACGCAGCCAGAGGUCAAUGAGUCGGACAAUGUAAAUUUGGAGAACCAGCCGAAGCAAGGUGACAUUCAUCUUUUCCCUGUUCCGGUGAAAACACAAUUUGGUGAAAAGCUUGAGCUACAGUUGAGUCCGAGUGAUUCUGUUAUGGAUGUGAGGCAGUUUCUUCUUGAUGCUCCAGAGACAUGUUUCUUUACUUGCUAUGACUUAUUACUGCACACUAAGGAUGGAUCGAGUCAUCAUUUGGAAGAUUAUCAUGAAAUUUCUGAAGUUGCUGACAUCACUGCAGGGGAUUGUUCUUUAGAGAUGAUUGCAGCCCUUUAUGACGAUAGAUCCAUCAGGGCUCAUGUCCACCGAACCCGAGAGUUGCUUUCUCUCUCAACACUGCACUCUUCAUUAUCAACAUCACUCGCAUUGCAACAUGAGAAUGCAACUGCAAAUUCAGGAGAUCCUACUGCAAAAACGGAGGUUUUAGAGCUUGAGAAUUUGGGGUUCAUGGAGGAUGUCUCUGGUUCGCUUUCAAAUUUGUUGUCAUCUCCUUCCAAAGAGAUCAAAUGCGUUGAAAGUAUUGUGUUUUCCUCAUUUAACCCUCCUCCAAGCUACAGAAGGCUUGUUGGAGACUUAAUUUAUCUGGAUGUUGUCACACUCGAAGGAAGCAAGUAUUGUAUAACUGGAACCACAACCACAUUUUAUGUCAACUCAAGUUCCGGAAAUACCCUCGACCCAAAACCCACUAAAGCUGCUUCAGAAGCAACUACCCUUAUCGGGCUCUUGCAGAAGAUUAGCUCCAAAUUCAAGAAAGCUUUUCGUGAAAUGUUGGAACGCAAAGCUUCUGCUCAUCCAUUUGAAAACAUCCAGUCGUUGUUGCCUCCAAAUUCGUGGCUUGGAUUGCAUCCUGUUCCUGAUCAUAGACGUGAUGCAGCUAGAGCAGAGAAUUCACUUACUCUUUCCUUUGGGAGCGAGUUAAUCGGGAUGCAAAGAGACUGGAAUGAGGAAUUGCAAUCUUGUAGAGAGUUUCCUCAUGCAAGCCCUCAAGAAAGAAUCUUGAGAGAUAGAGCCCUGUAUAAGGUUUCUUCUGAUUUUGUUGAUGCUGCAAUAAGUGGUGCUAUUGGAGUCAUCAGCAGAUGCAUCCCACCAAUUAAUCCAACCGAUCCAGAAUGCUUUCACAUGUAUGUUCACAACAACAUAUUCUUCAGUUUUGCUGUUGAUGCGGAUCUUGAGCAGUUGUCGAGGAAGCAAUCAUCAGAUUCCACCUUGGUGAAAUCAUCUGCUGUUAAUGGGGAGAAUCAUAAUCAUAGCCUCAAUGGUGUUGUGGAUGUGCAAUCUGAGGCACAGCUGGCAGAGAGUGAACAAGCCACAUAUGCCUCUUCAAACAAUGAUCUAAAAGGCACAAAAGCUUACCAAGAAGCCGAUGUUCCUGGAUUGUAUAAUCUUGCUAUGGCCAUUGUUGACUAUAGAGGUCAUAGAGUAGUAGCACAGAGUGUUCUACCUGGAAUUUUACAAGGUGAUAAAUCAGAUUCGCUUCUGUAUGGGUCUGUUGACAAUGGCAAGAAGAUCUGCUGGAAUCAAGAUUUUCAUUCCAAGGUACUCGAAGCUUCAAAACGCCUGCGGGUGAAGGAACACAGUGUUGUUGAUGGAUCAGGAAAUGUGUUCCAGAUAGCUGCACCAGUUGAAUGCAAGGGCAUUGUCGGAAGUGAUGAUAGGCACUAUCUCCUGGACCUGAUGAGAGUCACUCCUCGUGAUGCAAAUUAUACAGGAACAAAUUCCAAGUUCUGUAUACUGAGACCCGAAUUAAUCACUGCCUUUUGCCAGGCUGAGGCAGCAAAGAGUUCAAAAUCUAAGGGUGAGCCACAGGAAAAGGAAAAACUUGCAUCUCCAAAAGUUGAUACUACUGUUGUUGAACAAGAUCAAACCGAGACAGCCGAAACCUCUGAUGUUAAACUGCAUGAGUCAGAAGAGGAUAAAACAGUGAUUGAAGAAUCUGGUUCUAAGACUGGUGACGUGGCGGUGGAGGAGGAUAUAAGGUUUAACCCUAAUGUAUUUACAGAAUUCAAACUGGCUGGGAGUCCUGAGGAUAUUGCUGCUGAUGAAGAAAGUGUACGGAAGGUGAGUUCAUAUCUCAAGGAGGUUGUGCUUCCAAAAUUUAUACAAGAUCUCUGCACACUUGAAGUUUCACCAAUGGACGGCCAGACGCUCACUGAAGCACUGCAUGCGCAUGGAAUUAACCUUCGCUAUAUCGGCAAAGUAGCUGAUGGUACGAAGCACUUGCCUCAUUUAUGGGAUCUUUGUUCCAAUGAGAUCAUUGUUAGAUGUGCAAAACACAUCCUCAAGGACGUGCUGAGAGAUACAGCAGAUCAUGAUAUCGGACAUGCAGUUGCUCAUUUCUUCAAUUGUCUAUUUGGAGACUGUCAGGCGGUUUCUGUUUCUGGAAAAGCCGUUGCUAAUAAUACACAGUCCAAAAAUCAGAAGAAGGAGGUAGCCUCAGGAAAAUCCACAAAAAGGUCGAAAGUUGGAGGUGCUGCUAGUAGUAGCAGCAGUAGAAAACAAGCAUCCUGCAUGAGUCUUAGUUCUGAAAGCUUGUGGGCUGAUAUUCUUGAAUUUGCCGAAGUUAAAUACCAGUUUGAAUUGCCAGAGGAUGCAAGGUCACGUGUGAAGAAGGUUUCAGUUAUCCGCAACAUUUGCCUCAAGGUGGGGGUAACCAUAGCUGCUAAAAAGUACGAUCUGAGUGCAGGAACACCUUUCCAAACAUCAGAUAUUUUGAGUCUUCAACCUGUGGUCAAACACUCAAUACCCGUAUGUUCAGAAGCAAAAGAGCUCGUGGAAACAGGAAAGGUCCAGUUGGCAGAGGGAAUGCUUAACGAAGCCUACACUUUAUUUACGGAAGCAUUUACAAUACUUCAACAGGUGACGGGUCCAAUGCAUCGUGAGGUUGCUAAUUGCUGCCGUUAUCUUGCAAUGGUUCUUUAUCAUGCCGGAGACAUGGCUGCAGCCAUUAUGCAGCAGCAUAAGGAACUUAUUAUAAAUGAGCGCUGCCUUGGGCUUGACCACCCUGACACAGCUCACAGCUACGGGAACAUGGCCCUAUUCUAUCACGGACUGAACCAAUCAGAACUGGCGUUGCGCCACAUGUCGCGUGCCCUGCUUCUAUUAAGCUUAUCAUCUGGGCCAGAUCACCCUGAUGUUGCAGCAACUUACAUUAAUGUUGCAAUGAUGUAUCAAGACAUUGGGAAAAUGAACACAGCUCUUCGUUAUCUACAAGAAGCAUUGAAAAAGAAUGAGAGGCUUUUAGGAGAGGAACAUAUCCAGACUGCUGUCUGCUAUCAUGCACUUGCAAUUGCUUUCAACUGUGUUGGAGCCUACAAGCUCUCUCAUCAGCAUGAGAAGAAGACAUAUGACAUACUUGUGAAGCAACUUGGAGAGGAUGACUUGAGGACUCGCGACUCCCACAACUGGAUGAAAACUUUUAAAGUGCGCGAGGCGCAGAUGACUGCACAAAAGCAGAAAGGGCAAGCUGUGAAUGCGGUUUCAGCUCAGGCAGCAAUUGAUCUGUUAAAGGCUCACCCUGAUUUGAUACAAGCAUUCCAGGCCGCCUCCGCUGGAGGAGCUUCCGGCAGCGCCAACAACACCACAGUUCCUGGCGAAAACUUCCCUCGUGGUGGUGGUGGUAGAGGCGUGGACGAAAGAUCCGCCCGUGCAGUGGCGGAGGCCAGGAAGAAAGCCGCUGCCAGAGGUCUAUUAAUCCGGCCGCACGGUGUCCCUGUCCCGGCUAUGCCACCACUCACCCAACUCCUCAACAUCAUCAACUCUGGUAUGACACCGGAAAACACCACCGGAGAUGAUGCCAACACCAACACCAACGGAGCCGUGGUGGUGGAAACCACCACCCCGGUUGGGUUAGGUCCAGGGUUAGGCGCCUUGGACCCUAAGAAAAACAAGCAGACUGCUACUACUACUACUGCCACCAAGUAAAACUCUACUACUAGAUCAUUUUUCUAACGUUUUACUCGACACUAGCCUGGGACUGUCUGGGAGUAUGUUGGAUUUGAGGGGUUUUUGACUAUUUCAUUAUCAUUAUUUUUUUUUCAAUAAUUAUUGGCCAAUCAAACUAUAAUAGGAUGGGUGGGUGACUGGGUGUUAGUUGUAUUUUUGGCGAUUGUGUCAGUCGGUGACUACGACACGCAUGUAAAACUAAAACUAGUGCUUGGAUCAUGUUUUAAUUUAGCGUCGCAACUCGCUAUGGAUUUUUGCCAAAUCUUACUUUUGCUUGCAUCUUGUUAAUCACUCUAAUUUUUUCUUAUUUUUCCCCAAAAACGUGUAAAUUAUGUAC